GGAAGAUUUGUCGUGGGACACCACAGGAAAAAAAGGUUCCGCUACAGGCGUCUGAGUGAGACGGACACGAAAAUCGGUGUGAGGCGGUCAGUUACUGGAUCAAAGAUGCAGUCUGUGCCCAUCAAAGAGGAGAUGGAUGAUUGGGAAGUGGUCCAUAUUAAAGAGGAGCUUCCAGAACCGGACCCUGUCCUCAUUAAAGAAGAGAUCCUUGAAUUUGAACCCGUCUGCAUUGGUGAGGAGGAGACUGCAGAACUUGGCACCGUCAAAGAGGAGUUUCAAAACGAGGGUGACCCGGUUAAGCCAGAAUCCCCCAAUCGCGACGCUUUAUCGAACGAGGGAGCGUCGUACGAAGACGUAGCGGGCCGGGAUGAUGAAGAAGAAGAUGAUGACGAUGAUGAAGAGGGUGCCCGUUCCGAACCGGCGAAACCUAACCACCGCUGCGCCGAAUGUGGGAAGAGUUUUGCCCAGCCAGCUACUCUGAGGAGACACCAGCGCAUUCACACAGGAGAGAAACCCUACAGCUGCUCCGAAUGUGGGAAAUGCUUCCGGCAGUCCUGCCACCUGAAAUCCCACCAGCUCGUUCACACGGGAGAGAAGCCGUACCGCUGCUCCGAAUGCGGGAAGAGCUUCGGCGGCCUGGGAAGCCUCAGGAAGCACCAGGGGACGCACGCCCGCAAAAAAGCCACCUACGACUGCGCGGAGUGCGCGCUGAGCUUCACCAAACUGCGCCCGUAUAAUGAGCACCUGCAGGUCCACACCGGGAUGAGACUCUACAGCUGCCAGGACUGCGGGAAAGGCUUCACUGAUCUACGGCACUGCCAGACCCACCGGCGCCUCCACACGGGCCAGAAACCGUACAGCUGCGGUGAAUGUGGGAAGACUUUCAACGAAGCGGGUAAUCUCAGGAAACACCAACGCGUUCACUCGGGACUGAAACCCUACUCCUGCUCGGAGUGCGGCCGGAGCUUCAGCGAAUUGGGGAAUCUGAAGACCCACCGGCGGGUCCACACGGGCGAGAAGCCGUACCAGUGCGGAGAAUGCGACAAGAGUUUCAGCCGGCUGCACCACUUCAAGGCUCACCGGCGGAUCCACACUGGGGAGAAGCCGUACCGGUGUGCCGAGUGCGGGGAGGAUUUCAAGUACCGGGCCAGCCUCAAAAUCCACCAGCAAGCCCACCUCGGGGAGAAGUCGUUCGUCUGUCAGUGCGGGAAAGGGUUCGGGCGUCUGCAGCACUUUCAGACCCAUCAGAGAAUUCACACAGGGGAGAAGCCGUUCGUCUGCGAGUGCGGGAGGCGCUUCAGUGAAUCGGGGAGCCUUAAAAUCCACCAGCGGGUUCACAGCGGCGUGAAGCCCUACGACUGCGAGGAAUGCGGCGCGAGUUUUCGGUAUCUGAAAAGCCUGAAAACUCACCGCCGCGUUCACACCGGAGAGAGGCCGCACGUCUGCGCCGACUGCGACAAGAGCUUCAGCGACGUGGGGUGUCUGCGGAAGCACAGGCGGAUUCACACGGGGGUGAAACCGUACCGCUGCGUCCCCUGCGGGGAGACGUUCCGGUAUCUGAAGGGCUUGAAAAGCCACCAGAAAAGCCACGCCAAAGAACCUCUUUGAAACGUCCCGGGGAGGGGUGGCGGCUGCGACACUCGAAGAUCGCUCUUCUGAAAAUGUCGUGCGAAAUUUUUUUUACCGUAGAAGCGAAUUUGCGUUCAGCUGUGUUUAGUAAGCUGAAUCCUAUUUAGGGCACUUGUUAGAUUUCUCGUUAUUAGUCCUUUAGCGUAUUUUUUUAAAAGGUAGACAAUUAUCCUAUUCGGAGAUGCCAAGAUAUUUAGCGAGUACUCUGAGUGAAAUUAUCCGGCAACAGAACUCCCCGUCCCCAGCUGUGCUGCUGUCCUAGAAACAGGAGAAUAUUUCGGGGGACCGUUCUACUUGCGGGACGUCCCGCAUGUUAAAAUAUUUCACGUAUUUUGAAUAAGGAGGCGAUUUAUCUCUUUAGAGAGACCCGGCUAUUUCGUAAGUAAGGAGACACGGGCAAUACAAUCCUCACCCAUAUUCCUGCUAGAAAUCUCCUGUUUAUCCUUUA